AAGAUAGAAGAUAGAAGAUAGAAGAUAGAAGAUAAAAGAUAGAAGAUAGAAGAUAGAAGAUAGAAGAUAGAAGAUAGAAGAUAGAAGAUAGAAGAUAGAAGAUAGAAGAUAGAAGAUAGAAGAUAGAAGAUAGAAGAUAGAAGAUAGAAGAUCUGAAACCAAAUUUGGAAACCCCUGCCCGAGAAGAACGCACCACGCCACAGCGGACGAGAUCUCGCAGUGAGAGAUCACCACCGGCGCUGUCGCCACUUGAUUUUGAGAUUUCCCUUUAACCGCUUGGCAGUUUAAACCGAGCGUCCCAAGAGGAUUGGCGGUGGUGGCACUAUCUCGCGUUCACUCUUCAAUACGGUACGGUACGUAAAGCACUUCCGACGACAACUCUCGAAAUCAACUCGGUCAAGUACGGUACGCGCGCGACCGAUCUUGCGGAAGAUCGACGCACCUUAGCAUUUCAAGAGAGCAGGAAAUUCUGCGCCGCUCCUUGCGGGUCAAAUGGGCAGCUUCCAACUGGAAAUCAUCCACAUCCUGCUCUGUCUGACGUUCGAGGUGUUCACCUAUUUUGUGCUGUGCUUUAAUCUGAUCCGAUCCUACCUCGGACAGCAGCAAUUCCAAGAUCAGCAGGAGGCCAACCGAUCAGUUCUAGCGAUGCGGCUAUAGAAGAAGAAGCAACGAAUAAUAGUGAGAGUGAUCUUGUUGUCGCUGAAUUACAACGAAUCGAGCGUAGUGCAAUCGACAAAGCCAGUUAUAGCGAGGGCUACCAAAGUGCAAGAAAUUUAGUGUAGCAAUGCGGUGGCCACACGAGUGCCAUCAACGUCGUCGUCGUCGGUUUCAACAACGAUGAGCAAUCCAAAUAAAAGUGAAACGAACUACUACUGAUCGAUUGUAUGUUACGAGAUAGUGAGUAAGAAGAUUUAUUACCCCAGCUGGCAGCAUGAAGAAACAUUACAGUGUUGAAAUUGCCGGUAAGUACGCUGGCGGUCGAUCGCCAUCCAACAUACUGGACAAGAUCACCAAGCGGUACUCGGCUAUUGGAAGUCGUCUGAUGCGCAAGUCACCCGGCAGGAAAAGCUCCGUGGCCGAACCGAUCACCGGAAGUUACGAUAUGACCGGCGGGCGGUUCGAUGACUUUCGACCGGAAAUAGGCGUACCGGUUCUGAUCUCCAAAACAACAAAGUUCGACUUUGACUCGGAUAUGCCCGUCGAUCCAGCUGACCAUUCGCCUCAGCAACAACAUCAGUCAACUCCUCGAUCCUCGCAAUCUCCAGCUCCAGUUUCGCUCACAACCAGAUCUACCUCCGAUGAUAGUGAAAAUGAUGUAUUCGUCGAUGCCAACAGCUCACUGCCCAACUUCAGUGAUAUCAAGUUUACGUUUCUCCCAGAGAGCAACAACAACUACAGUUCUUUUCUGGAUGAGAACGAUAAGGAAAAUCAAAUCCACCUGCAGAGGAUCCGGUCCAAAUCCGCGCACAACCUGCAUCAGCCGGAUCUUCGACUCUGCAUAGAAAAGACCACCUCGCUCAAUUUGUCCGGGCUCAGCAAUGGCGGUGACCUUACCGCCGCAACCUCAAUAACUGUCCCGAACAGUCCCGCCGUAGACAGCAUUUACGACUUCCCUCGCAGCACCAAAGUCGGUGACUCCACCUAUGAUCUCGAGCAUGCCAACCUCAUCCUAAACGAGAUCAACCUAUCGCUCGUUAGCGAAGGCAAUACAUCUCACCUGUACCACAAUCUGCCCAACGGAAGUCACGUUACCUCAUCGAACGGCGUCCUGCACAAUACGGCAUUCGACUACUCGGGCAGCAACCAGAGCUUCCGGUCCAACAGCACACAGGAAGAAGAGUUUGACCUCAAAUCGGCCAGCUUCCAGAGCUUGGACGCCCGGCACCUGUUCCUCUCGAUAGAGGAAUUGGAUGAAAUCACGCGGCAGAUAAACGAGUCCGACAUAUUCAGCGAGGAGAACAACGAAUACUGUGAACAUCGGAACCAGCUGCAUCCAACCGAGCGGCGACUGACGCUGCUCAAGAACAAAACAGCUCCGAAGCAUUUCAUAGACUUCGACAAGAGGAAGGCGAAGCUGACGAAGAAGUGGAGCGGAUUCAAGCACUGGAUCGGUGAAGAACAGGACAAAAUCAAGGAAGUGGUGCAGAAGCACGCUGCUAUGCAACGGGUGGGUGGGGAAGUGCUGGGUAAGGGCAAGCGUCGCAGCAGCAGCAGUGAAGUGGGAAGUGAAAUGGCGGGGGAUGUUGUCGGGGAUAGCGAAGUGAAUCUGUCGAUGGUAAAUGGGGGCACCGGCGAGGCGAGUAGUGAAACGGCAGAGCACGAGCAAGGGCGCAGAAGGAAGCAACACAGUGCGGAGAUCUUGGAGGGCCAAAAUGGCUUCGAAGAGAUCCGCCGGUUCGUCAAACAGGGCGGCGACUUUGGCAAGGAUCUCAUCGCAAUCCUGCAGGAACGCACCGAGAUCGAGCAGAUCUACGCGAAAUCGCUGUCCAAAAUUGCCAACAAGCUGAACAAAGCGUGCCGCGAUCUGCCGGGAACGAUCGCCGAGUCGUGGCGUGCGGUUUCAACGGAGAUCGAAAGCCGCGGCGAGAUCCACCGACAGUUUUCCAACUCGCUGGCAGACGAGCUGGUGAAACCGUUGAAGACGGUGCUGGAGAAUCAGCACAAGGCGCGGAAGACGAUCGAGGGCAACGUGGACAAAUCGGCGCGGAUUCUGGCCGAGUGGCGCGCUGCCGAACUGAAGGCCAAGAAGGGCUCGCACCAUGCGUCGCGGGAGAACGAGAAACUGCAGGACGCGAUGCUGGAUGUGAAACUUCAACGUUCACCGUCCCUAGGCCUGCUGCACAAAACCAUCGAAAAGGAGUCCAAAUCCUCCGAAAAGGACAGUUCCAAGCUAGAAACCAAACGCAAGAAAGCCGAAGAUGCCGUAAAAAAGGCAGACGUCGAGUACUACACCCUGUGCAUCCGAGCCGAACGGGCCCGCGUCGAUUGGGAAAUGUCCGUCCUGCGGGGCUCCUCGAUGCUCCAAUCGCUGGAGAACCAACGGCUAAGUAACUUCAAAAACUACGUCUCCAGUUACUUCCGGCUAGUGUCCGACAUGAAUCCAGUGCUGACGAAGGUCACCGAUCGCCUCGGCCCGCAGGUGCAGCUGUGCAACGUUCAGAAGGAUUUGGACGUCCUGAAGAACAUCCGGCGGGCUACGGAGGGCCCUAGUGAACAGCUCUUGCCAGACUUCUACUGCGAGCACACCACGCUGGCAAUGAACCGGGAGAGGAGAAAGCAAUCGUUGGUCAAACUGUUGCAACUGAUUCGGCAAGAUCUGGACCGGGAGCGACGGUCGCGAAACAGCCUCAAGGGAUUCUCGCAAACCUUCGAACCCAACGUCGAGGGUAACCAGAACAUUGCGGAUAAGUUGUAUCAUAUAAGAUCGAUGCUAACGUACUUGGAGGGUGCUAGGUACAAGCUGCAGUCGGCGCUGUUUGAGCUAGAUCACAAGCCACGGUCGAGUCAUCCACUGGCGCAGCAUAUACAGAUAACACGGGAUCGUACGGGAUUGCAGACCAGUGUGCUAAAGGUGCCACUUUGGCUAAAGAACGAACAGGAAGAGGAAGACGACGGGCAGGUGUCGAAUACGAAUGGGGGCGGUUCCGGCGGGUCGGAUAUCGACGGCGGAGAACGCGACUGCGUGGAUAUUAAAAACGAUACUCUGAUCAAGCACAUGGCACAGAAGUACGGCCGAACCGAGGAGGACCAUUAUAGUUUGAACAAAUCCAGCAAACCGAGCACUCCCCCCGAUGAAAAUGGUCCAACGUGGGACCGAGGCGUAGCUGAUGGAGUAUCCAACCAGCCUGACUCGGACUUUGACGAAUUCUCCUCCCAGGACGAGGAAGAGGAUAGAAGUGUGGCCAGUGGACUCGAGAACGGCCACCACACCAGCAAUGGCCACCACCUGCACCACUCGCACAGCAACAACGGUAGCACCACCGAUGCCACUGUGGAUGAUGGUGCUGCUCCCAACACCAACGGUAGCGGACCAAUGGGAACCGGAGCGUCGGUGGUCGUCGGUCGCUGCCGGGCGCUGUUCAACUACACACCAAAGCUUUACGAUGAACUGGAACUGCAGCCCGGGGACAUCCUGGAUAUCCACAUCAAGCAGGAGGACGGCUGGUGGCUUGGGGCGCUCCGAGGCCAGGUGGGCAUUUUCCCCGCGACCUACGUGGAGGAGAUUGCCUAAGGCCGCGGGCCGAAGUCAGGGCAUUUUGUAUUGUGUAUAAUGAAAUUAACCGCUGUACAUAUAGGGUUUUACGUUGCUACGUGAGUAAGGUGCGAACGCGCUAGUGUGCCUGAGAAUCAGUUUUAGGUCUAUAGAGAAAUUGUAGAGUGCCUCGAAUAGUUUAGUUAUGUUUUGAAAGUUUCCUUGCAAGAGAAUUGUGUUUUCUUUUUAAUGCCGAAGACUAAUCGAAAUGAAAGCUUUUUAACACAUCACAACCCUCUCUCAAAGCAGAACGAGGAGGAAAAUAAUUGUUGAAUAAUUUAUUGAUUUAUACUUUGUAGAAUGUUUUAUAGAAAAAACGAGAUUUUAAUUUGAUGAAAGUCUUCCCAAAACCUCGAACAAGAAAUGAGCAAUAACGCAAACGAAGCAAUAUUCGAGUAUGUAAAUAGAAAAUUUCGGAUGCAGAAAAAAGAACCAAUAGAAAAUGUCGUUUUGUAUUGUUUCGUAUUCAAUAAAAUUUUUGGAAAGUUUUUUAAAAAGCUACCUAUAUACAAAAAUAUAAAACAUGUCGUUAUACUACACAGAAAAAAGA